AUGCCGCUUGAUGUCAAUUGCGAUCUUCUUGAGGAGCAGCGAAAGGUUUCGGUUCAAGUGAUCGAAAAACAAACUACCAAGGUGAGAAAAACGAAGAGUGUGUGUGUGGUUUGAAAUGGAUUUAUCUAGGAAAAAAAUGUUGGGAGAGGUGAAAAGGUCUCUCGGGAUUUGAAAAUGAAAUGAGAUGUUUAUUUAAUGGUAAACAUACUUGGGAAUUUUUUUGGGGGGCUCUUUGGGGUCCGAUCAUAGGGUAUUUUGGAAAAAUGUUCUCCUCCACUAUCACUUUUCCCCCACGUCAGCCUGAUUUCAGGUUUUUGCGGAUUUCUGGUUAUAAAAAGGUGGGAAGGGUAUCUAUGACGUGCUUAUUCAAAGAUUCAACGAUUUUUUUCAAAAACCACACUAAUUUUCAAUUUUAAGGGCGAUGUCUUGACACUGAUUCCAAAACGAACUCGAUCCGCUGUUUCAAUGCGUGCUGAUGACACUGAUCGUUGGGGUCAAGAAGCGUUGGAUGAAAAAGAGCCGUAUACUUUGAUGCUUAGAGAUCCAAGCGUGAAGGUGAAUGAUUUUACAUACACUUGAUUUAUUUUUUCACGCUGUUCAUUUUUUCUACUUCAAUGCCAUAUAUUUAGUUAGCUUUAUAAGCCGAGAAAAACACAUAAAUAAGUUGCAGAACGAGUUGCUCGAUCGGCUCAACACAUUCAGAAGAAAUCGCGAGCUUUGUGAUGUUGUGCUUUUUGUCAGGUAUUUUUUUUAGAUUCUGAGAAAAACUUUGAAAAACAAAAAAAUUGAAUUGGUUUCUAGGGAACGCGAGAUUUUUGCACAUAAAGUUGUGUUGGCGGCAGUUUCACCGGCUCUUUUUGAUAUGUUCAAUGAUGAAUCAGAGAAAGAGAAAGGUAAUAAAACUUGUGCUAAUUAUUAUGAAUAUAAUUAUCAAUUUUAUUUUCUUUUAGAAAAUGUAAAUGGAGUUAUUCAAACUAAUGGAACUACAAACGGUCAUACAAACGGGAAUAAUAAUACAAAAUCGGUGUCAUUCUUCGAAUUUGCUCAAACGGAUUACGAAUGUUUUUGAAGCUCUAGUCAACUUUGCCUACACAGCCUAGUAAGUGGAGACAUUUUUCUUAUCAUUCGAGAAAAAUAUCAAGGUUCAUCUGGUUUUGAGCGACACAUUUGAACCAUUUUUUUUCAUUUCAUUCUAUUCCAUUAUCAUUCACGUGAUUGGAACGAUCAUAGAACGCAAGAAAACAUGUGUAGUUUGAGAUAAUUUUGAGAAAUAAAAUGAAAUAAAAUGGAACAAGACAUAAAAAAUAUAUAAUAAUGGGUUUUGCAGCUUGGAGAUCAAUUCAAUCAAAGUUGCUGAACUGUAUAAAACUGCCUUCGCUUUGCAAAUGACACCGGUUAUCAAAGCGUGCGGACAUUUUUUGGGAGAAAAUUUGCAGAUCAAUAAUUGUAUCGGUAUUCGGCGCCAAGCGAAUUUCCAAAACGAUUCAUCCUUGAUGAACAAUGUUGAUAAAUUCAUUAAAGACAAUUUCUCGAAAAUCGUGAAUGAUAGCAAAGAAUUCACUACUCUCCCUUGCAUUCAAACAAGAAUUAUCAUUCCUGUCAACGAUGGAAAUGUCAAAACACACGCUGAAAAUAACGGUGGAUUGGCUGAAAUGGCUUUGAAAUAUUUCCAAAGUGUUCCACACGACCGUGCAGAACAUGCGAUUGAUAUAUUGACUUGCAAGACACAUAUUUUGUAUAUGGAUGAAGAUCAUCUUGCUGAUUGCCUUGAAAUGGAUGAAAGAUCAUCAGUUGGAAGUUGUGAUAUCAUUCAAGAUUACAAAAAAUCUGGAAAGGAUCGGAAAGAUGUUGCAAAAGCUGUUCAAGAACCAGUUUCAAAUCAUGCAAUUAAUCAUCGUGUAAAUGGAGCAGUUCCAGUUCGUCUUAAUGCUUCAAGAAUUCAAAAUAUGAGAGCAUCAAAUGAAAGUUUGGAUUCUGUUGGAACAAAUGAUUCGGAUCCACAAGAAACUAUCGAAACUUUGUUGAUUGCAACUGAUCGAGCUGCUCGUGAGUUUUUAUUUUCAUUUUGAAAUCAAGACAAUCAAGAAAUUGAACUUUUUAGCUCAAUACUUCAGUUCACUUGUUGUUCUUUAUCGUAGAUUGUGUGUUAUCAGUAUGCAAAUCACAGACAAUGAGGAAUUAUUGAAAUCUAAACGUGAUGCCAAUCCAGUUGACGCACAAAAGGCAGCACUUCUGUCUCGACUUAUCUCAUGUACCGGAAGACAACGAACACCUUUAGCAGCAAUGAGUGCACCACGUUGUUCAAUUGGAGCAUCAUUCUUGAAUGGAAAAAUCUACGUUUGUGGCGGAUAUGAUCGUGGAGAGUGUUUGAAAAGUGUUGAAGAAUACGAUGUUCUUACUGGUCAAUGGAGAAAUGUUGCAAGUAUGAAAACUGAAAGAGGUCGUUUUGAUUGUGCAGUAAAUGGUGGAAAAGUUUAUGCGAUUGCUGGCUCAAAUGGUAACAACGAUUUGAAAUCGGCUGAAACUUAUGAUCCAAAAACAAAUACUUGGACACCAAUUCCAAGUUUGAAAAACGCCAAAUGUCACAAUGGAUGUGCAUCUUAUGACAAUUUUGUUUAUUGUAUCGGUGGUUCAACUGAUCAAGUUGUUUUGAAAGACUGUGAACGUUACAAUGUUCAAACUGAAUGUUGGGAAAAUAUUGCUCCUAUGGAGUUUGCAAGAUAUCAAGCUGGUGUUUGCUCGUGGAAAGGAUUUAUUAUUGCUGCUGGUGGUUGUGACAGAUGGAAUUGUAUGGAUACCGUUGAAAUGUAUGAUCCAAAAACCAAUACUUGGCGUCAACUCGCAAAACUUCGUCAAGCCAGAAGAGGUUGUGCUGUUGCAGUUGUUCGCGAUUCACUUUAUGUUAUUGGUGGACACGAUGGAACACAAUCACUUGAUUCGGUUGAAAUUCUGGACAGUUUUACCGCAACUUGGCGAGCUGGACCAGCUUUGACUCUUCCAAGAGCAAAUACUCACGCUGUUGUCACUGCUGGUAAUUCAAUUUUUGCUCUCGGUGGUUUCAACGGAAAUCAAUUCUUGGAUUCUAUCGAAAUUCUCGAAAAUGGUUAGUUAUUAUAUUUUAGAUCGUUUUUCUUAUAAUGAUAAUAUUGUAGAUCAUGCUGGAUGGAGAAAUUGGCAACAAAUGAGCCUCGCUGUUGAGGAAGAAGAUGAAGAAAAUUUGACAUUGAUUGAAGAUCAUCUUGAUUCAGAUGUUUCGGAGACAAUUUCAUCAAGCCCAUAA